UGAAGACAAAUUAUUAGUGUAUUUACAUAAAAUGAAGAAUAACAUACAUAUAGGCUACAGAAGGAAAAUCAAUUGAAAGUGUCAUAGAAGAAGCGCUCUUGGGGAAAGCAAGAAAAUCAGCGAUAGCUGUCAAACAUCACCCUGUUGUAGGCUACCUCACAGGUAUUCUUGGCAGCGCUACAAGGAAACAAAUCAGCCCUAUCCAUUGGAGACCAUGGCUACCUUGAUAACACAUCGGCAAAACUGAACAGUCAGUUGCAUUUUAUGAGAUUGGCAUCCACAGUUUACGUCAAGCAGUGCAUGUGUGGAUUAGACAAUGUGUUUUCCUUCAGUCAAUGGAUCCCUUUUGUAACAGGAUCGCGCACCUCUCGACUAACAUGAAGAUAGAAGACGGCGUGGAUUAGAACUCUUUCUUGCUAUUUACGCACACAUCGAAGCCAGAGAACGGAGUACCCCUUGCUUUUUUGGAAUUCUUCCCCUCCUCCUCUCUCUCUUCUCAAUGUGGGCUCCCAAAGACCUUUGGCUUUGUGGUUUGAAAUGAAAUAAUGGCGACACGUUGGACUGGCUCCCCGCACCGAGAUGACGAGAACAACCAAAUCGUUUCACCAAGUUGCGAGGCCAAGCAGAAGGGUGGGGUGGAGGCUAGCGAGGCGUCGGGCGGGGUGUCCCCGGUGGCGGGGGGGGAGGACGAGGCGUUCUCCUGGCCGGGGCCCAAGACGCUCCGUCUGCGCCGCACCUCGCAGGGCUUCGGCUUCACGCUGCGCCACUUCAUCGUCUACCCGCCGGAGUCCGCCGUGCAGUCCUCGCUCAAGGAGGAAGACAAUGGCAGCAGAGGGAGACCACGGAACAGGCUGGAGCCAAUGGACACCAUCUUCGUCAAGCAGGUGAAGGAGGGAGGGCCCGCCCACGGAGCUGGACUCUGCACAGGGGACCGGAUAGUAAAAGUUAAUGGGGAGAGCAUAAUUGGAAAGACCUACUCCCAGGUGAUCGCUCUGAUACAGAACAGUGACACUUCUCUGGAGCUCUGUGUAAUGCCAAAAGAUGAAGACAUCCUUCAGCUGUUCUCCAGGGACAUCACGGCUCUGGCGUAUUCUCAGGAUGCGUAUCUCAAAGGGAACGAGGCGUAUAGCGGGCAUGCCCAGGACAUCCCAGAGCCGCCGCCCAUCUGCUACCCGCGCAUAGAGUCCAAGGCAUCGGCAGGCAUGGCGCAAACCGCAGAGCAUCCGGCACCUUCCACAGCACCGUCCACUCCCCUCCGGACAGCAGUGGCCCCCGCGUCCCCCCCUGUGGCCCCCGAGCUGGGCUACCGGCGGGAGAUCACCGUGCCGCCCACCCCCCCCACUUCCGCCUCCGCUUCCGCGCCGCUGCCCAAGAACCAGACGGUGGUGUGUGUGUGCAACGAGAGCGUGCGGACGGUGGUGGUCCCCCCGACGGACCCUUCGUCCUCCUCUUCCUCCUCCUCCGCCUGCUCCGCGGGGGAGCGGGGGGGUCCUCGAGGGCCCCGGUCAGGGCCCAGCCACCGCACCGAGGAGAACCGGCACACGUCGCCCGUCUCUCCCGCCGCUCCCGCCGGGGCGCAGCUGCAGUCGCCCUCGUCCACGUCUCGGCCCUCUGCGGAGACGCCCAGGCGCCCGGGCCCUCUGGUCAGAGCGGGGUCCCAGCUGCACCCCGACGCCUCGCCGCUGACCACGCCCGCGUCCCCCAACCACUACAGCCCGUCUCCACCCGCCUCCACCUCCACCUCCCCCGGCUCCCCGCACCAGAACAUCGACUGGCGGAACUACACCACCUACAAGGAGUACAUCGACAACAAGCGCCUCUACAUGUACGGCAACCGCACCAUCCAGGAGCGGCUGGACAGCCUCCGGGCGGCCGCCGCCGCCGUCACCCGCGGCAACGGGGGCGUCUCCCAGCAACAGAGCCCGCCCGCUAACAACGGCGCUAGCAACGCGGCGGGCCUGGGGUCGCAGGUCAGGAGGAGGAGCACGUCGCACGACCGGGCGUACAAGUCGGCGUCGUCGGCGGCGGCGGCGGUCACUCCGCUGCGUAGCGUCUCUCAGGAGCGUCUGCUGGGCCCGCCGGGCGAGAGGGGUCUGUACCGCGACUGGCCACGCAGCGCCUCGCAGGACGCUCUGCCCUUGUCCACCUCGCCCGGGGGCGGAGCCGCUAAACCACGCGCCCGCUCCUGCGACUACCUGGGCAGGCAGGGCGGAGGCGAGGGCCUGGCCGCGCGGCUGGUGGAGAUGGACGAACAGCGCCUCCUGGUGAUGAGGGGCGACGAGGCGCGGCUCAGCCGACUGUGCAGCGGAGCGGGCAGAGCGGGGGGGUCGCAGCCCCUGAGGAACGCAGCGGGCAGCGGCGCGGGACAGGCCUUCGCUGACCUCUCCACGACCCCCAGAGCGGAGAGCCUGGGCUCCAGCCUGGCCGGUCCCGGCAGGGGCAGCGGCCGGAGCUCGCGGCUGACCGUCAAGGCCGCCAGCCUGGACGCCUCGGCCUCCUCCGCGGCCUCCUACGUGGCCUCGGCGCUGGCCUCCGUCCAGAGCCACAUCAACGCCGCCUCGCAGGACUCCGUCAGAGACCAAAGAGCCGUCGCCGUGGGCAACCACCUGCCCCACACGCCCAUCCCCCCGCACCUGCAGCCGCGCGGGCGCUCCGAGAGCCUGAAGGAGCCCGGCGGGCGAGAGGUGGGGUCAGCAGCGGGCAGAUCCGCCUCCUGCUCCGGCCCGUCCAAAAGCCCCGCCUUAAGAAACUCCGCUGCCAUGGCGACCAGUAACGGCACGGCAACCCCACAGCUCCGCUCCCCGCUGACCCGGGCCGAGAGCCUGGACCACGGCGGCGGCGGUCAAGCGGGCUCUCUGGAGGGGGCGGACGCCAAGGUGGUGGUGGUGAUGCGGCGGGAGAAGUCCGGCCCCCAGCCCAUACGCCACCCCUCCUACAUCCUGGCGGUCAACGACGCGGACGCCGGACCCAAGAGCCCUGGCGCGGCGUCGGACGGGGGCGGAGUCUGCUGGCUGCCCAACGACGCCCGGCGGGAGGUGCACAUGCGCAGGCUCGGGGAGCAGCACAAGGCGUCCGUCUCCAGUAACCUAGGAGACUCGCUCGACUCCAUCCCCUUCAUCGAUGAGCCCUCCAGUCCUAGUAUGGACCAUGAGGGCACUGGCAUCCUCCCGUCAGAUGUCAUCUCCGUCGCCCCGGUAACCCCCAUCAUCACCACCAUCCCUCCCAGCCCCACCUUGCCAUCGCCCCCGAUUCGCCGGCAGCUGUCACAUGACCAAGACUCCCUGCGCUUGACCAUCCUCAGCUCGGACUCGGCCACCAAAACCGAGCGCUCCAAGUCCUGCGACGAAGGCCUGGACAACUACCGCGAAGAAGGGAGAGGAAGGGGUCUGAAGAGCCUUGCAGGUCUGAGAGGGUUGAAGAAGGCGGUGGAUAAGUCGUCAGAAGACUCGGGCUCGUUCAGAAGAGACUCGUCCUCAGACGUCUUCAGUGAUGCCACGAAAGAGGGGCUGCUCUUCUUCCGCCAGCUCAACUCAGACAAGAGCAAGCGUAUGGGUGGCGGCAUGCGUCCGUGGAAACAGAUGUACGCGGUGCUCCGAGGCCCCUCCCUCUGCCUAUAUAAGGACAAGAAGGAGGGCCAAGCCCACGCCAGUCACCAGACGGACGACGAGCCCCUGCCAAUCAGCAUCAAGGCCUGCCUGAUUGACAUCUCCUACAGCGAGACCAAGCGCAAGAACGUGCUGCGGCUGACCACGUCGGACUGCGAGUACCUGUUCCAGGCAGAGGACCGCGAGGACAUGCUCACCUGGAUACGGGUCAUCCAGGAGAACAGCAACCUGGACGAGGAGAACGCUGCGGUCACGAGCACAGACCUCAUCAACCGCAAGAUCAAGGAGUACAACAGCCUGAUGAGCCCUCCCCCCAGUAAGUCUGAGCCGUCUCCGAAGCCUUCGCGCCAGUCUCUGAGCAUAAGACAGACCCUGCUGGGGAGUAAAGGGGAGGGCAAAGCCCAGAGCCCCCACUCCCCCAAACAUGAGCACAAAGUUGGAGACGAGACGAGUCCACCCAAAGAUAAAGGUACGUGGAGGAAGGGGAUCCCGGGGCUGAUGAGGAAGCCCUUCGAGAAGAAGCCUUCAGUGGGGGUCACCUUUGGGGUGCGGCUGGACGACUGCCCCCCUGCCCACAACAACAGGUUCGUGCCCCUAAUAGUGGAGGUGUGCUGUAACCUGGUGGAGGAGCGAGGGCUGGAGUACACGGGCAUCUACCGGGUGCCUGGCAACAACGCUGCCAUCUCCAACAUGCAGGAGGAGCUCAACAACAAGGGCAUGGGCGACAUCGACAUCCUGGACGACAAAUGGAGAGAUCUGAACGUGAUCAGCAGUUUACUCAAGUCAUUCUUCCGGAAACUUCCUGAGCCUCUUUUUACAAAUGAACGGUACGGUGACUUCAUCGAUGCCAAUCGGAUAGAGGACCCAACGGAGCGGCUGAAGGUCCUGAAGAGACUGCUGCACGAGCUCCCGGAUCACCAUUACGAGACCCUCAAGUUCCUCUCUGCUCACCUCAAGACCGUGGCAGACAACUCCGAGAAGAACAAGAUGGAGCCCCGUAACCUGGCUAUCGUGUUCGGCCCAACUCUGGUCCGCACGUCAGACGACAACAUGACGCACAUGGUCACACACAUGCCAGACCAUUAUAAGAUUGUGGAGACCCUCAUCCAAAACUACGACUGGUUCUUUACUGACGACAGCUCGGAGGAACCUGUGACGACGGUACGGCAGGAGAAUGCCGUUGAGUCCCAGCCCGUGCCCAACAUCAACCACCUGCUGACGAACAUCGGCAGGACGGGCCCCUCUCCCGGGGACGUCUCAGAUUCACCCACUAGUGACUCCACUAAAUCCAAGCAGAACUCCUGGGCCUACGGGAAGGAGCAGUGCAGCCGCGAGCUGCUGGUCUCCUCAAUCUUUGCUGCAGCCAGCCGCAAACGAAAGAAGCUCAAGGAGAAGCAGCAGCCUAGCAGCUCUGACGACGACCUGGACUCGGUCUUCAUUCUCCAGGACCCCGCGCUGUCUGAGGAAGGUUCCCCGGCCCCCCAGGCCAAGAGCCCCAUGCUUGGGGGGCUGGAGAAGAGGGAGAACGGGAAAGCCACGGAGUCCGUGUCCACGACCACCACGGCCAAGAGCCGUAAGGAGCACCGCAACUCCUUCUUCCUGCGGGAGAAGCGUGUGAUCUCGACCUCGGCUCCCCCGUCUCAAGCCUCGUCGUGCCCCUCGCCGUCCCCGUCGCCCUCCCCGAUCCUCCGCACCCCGGCGCUCGCCCUCCCCAAGUCCUCGCUGUCGGACGGCCCGUCCUCGUCGCAGCUGGACGAGCCCACGUCCGACCUGGGCACCAUGAGCUCGGGGGCGUCGGUCCCUCGCGGGCGGACUCGCCGCUGGCUCUCGGCCUCGGCGGGCGGGCUUGACCCCUCGCUCCUCGGCGUCGGAGGAGGGCCCCCCGGGUCAGCGGCCGGCGCCGAGGUCAGCUCCAUCACCUCCGACUACUCCACCACCUCCUCCAACACCUUCCUGACGGCCGGCGAGUCCAGCCUGCUGAGCCCCGAGGUGGGGUCGGUGGGGGGCAGCCGCGGUGGGGAGGAGGCUGACGACGAGCGCAGCGAGCUCAUCAGCGAGGGCCGGCCCGCCGAGACGGACAGCGACAGCGACUUUCCAGUCUUCCCCAACACCGGACCGACGCCACCACCAACGGCAGGAGCGUUGCCGUUCUCCCCCACACCUGAGGUCAGCUCUCAGCAGCCCGUCCAAUCGGCUGCCGGCGCUCCCAACUCCACCCCCACCGGCCGCCCUUCCCUGCCCUCCCAUAGGCUGAUUGAGUGCGACACCCUCUCCAGGAGGCGGUCCCUGCGGCAGAAGACGGACAGUGAUUCGUCCGUGGACGGACUGGGCGUCGGCAACAGCGGAGGCGCGGUAGCGGGGAGCAGCUUAGCGGGAAGAGGAACCAAGUCCUCGUCGUUGACGUCGUCGUCAGGGAAGCGGCUGUCGCGCAUGCUGGAGGUGAUGAAGAAGGGUCGCUCCACGGGCAGCCUGAGCUCCUCGUCCCGCAGCGAGUCGGAGCGCAACACCACCGGCGCCACCACCACCCCAAACGCCAACACAGCGACCAACACCACCCCCUCUUCCUCCUCGUCUUCCUCCUCGGCCAAUCCCGGCGCCUCCGAGUCAGCCUGGCGAAUCCGCUUCACCGAGCGCUUCAGGCUCCGGUUGCGCGGCUCGGCCGACGACGUCCUGGGAGCCGCCUCUUCCUCCUCCUCCUCCUCUUCAUCUCAACCACGUCAACAGCAGCAGCAGCAGCAGCCGCAGCAGCAGCAGCGUAGUCGAUCCCCGGACCCCCCGCGCCGCUCGGGACGCUUCCGCAACCGAGGCCUCCGGCGACGCCACACCAUGGGCGGCCAGCGAGACUUCGCCCAGCUGCAGGCCAUGCACGACUGGAGCGAGCAGGGCGGGGGGGACCGCGGCGCCGAGCUGACCGCCAUCGACCGCCUGCAGCCCAAGUGCAGCUCGCAGGACUUCUCCAUCCAGGACUGGAUCGCCCGCGAGAGGGACGGACGCGGCAGCGGAGAGGGCCCCGCUGACCUGCAGACGACCCCUGUCGACCCCUCCUCCACCUCCUCCUCCACCUCCACCUCCUCCGCCACCACCAUCACCACCGCGCAGGAGCCGGGAGAGCAGGUGAACGGCGGAGGGCCGCAGGCCAAGAACAAAGCAGGGCUCUGUGGAGGAGGUGACGCUCACCCACACAAACUCUCUGGAGCACAGGUGGUGCGCUCACGCUUCUACCAGUAUCUGUGACAUGGGCGUACCGUACGUGUGUGUGUGUGUAUGUUAAUACAUCUGUAUGUAUGUAUGUAUGUAUGUAUGUAUAUGUGUGUGUACCAUAGUAUGUUUGAGAAUGAGCAAAAAAAAAACAUGUACAGUUACGUAUGUAGAUAAGCUAAAGUUACUGCACAAUAGAUUUUUUUAUAAAAUAUAUAUGACUAUAUAAAUAUUAUAUAAAACUGUACAUACAUCUAUCUGUGUAUAGGAUUAUGAGGAAAGCAACUGGAUUAUUGUGUUUUGUGUAUCCUUGCCUGGAAUGUUCUCAUACUGGAACUGACACGAAACGAGGACCUCUCUCCUUCACACCAACCCCAGUAAUAUGGAAAGCCAGCGCUGGUGUGUUUGUGGCAUGUGUACGUCUGUGUGUGUGUGUGUGUGUGUUUGUGUGGAGAAGGUACACUGACUGGGAGGGCAUAAGUACACACACACACACACACACACACACACAUCAAAACACAACACAUCAAAGCAGUGAAUGGCGAGAGCUGAAAUGAUCGAGCAUGAGAUUAUUACUGAAGAUUGUUUUUUUACUUUUUAAAAAGAAAAGAUGUAAUUCUUUCAGAGAGAGGCCUCUUUUCUCUUACGAAACAAUGCUCAGAUUCUUCCUAUGGUUACCUUGAAGAAUGUAUGCGCUUUCUGGGUAUGCUGACUAACGCAUCGUUGCUCGUUACAAAUUGUCAUGUAAACAAAAGCAAAAAUGUAAAUAUCUUUCUGUGUACUUGAAAUGUGUGUGGUUUUUUUUGUUUGUUUGAUUUUGUUUUGUUUGUUUUUUAAAGAUGUCCUGGUCGAGGGAUGUAUUCUGAGCUAAGCGCUGUAGGAAGGUCCUUUUUAUUAUUAUUGUUUUUUACAGCGCACAAAAAGGCCAGAUGCCAAGUUGGAUCCCGCCAGAAGGAAAGUGACAUUAUUUUCAACACAUCUGCACAACCUCGUGCUUCGAACGACAAACGGUAAACGGUACCUGACUUUCUGCACACGUCCCUCUUGGGACAAAUAGUGUGAGCAAGUCACCACGAUGACAAGAAAUUGUGAUUUGUCACACUACAAUGGAAUAAAAAGACAAAGGAAAAAGUGCCUCUUGUGACUGGAUUCUUGGGACUGUUUAGGUGCCAUGCUAUGAUUUUUUUUUAAGUAUAUAUUUUUUAUUUUUUUUCCUCUUUUGCUUUUUUUUUAUUUUAGAAGAUGUAUUGUGACUAAAUUUUAUUGAAAACUCAUUAAAAUAAUGUUACAGAUUUCAA